UUUUAUUCUGUCUUUCGUCCGCGAAGUGCAGAGCUCAACGCUAUGGCAAGAACUAAGCAGACUGCCCGUAAAUCCACUGGUGGCAAGGCGCCCAGGAAGCAGCUCGCCACCAAGGCUGCUCGCAAGAGCGCUCCGGCUACCGGCGGCGUGAAGAAGCCUCACCGUUACAGGCCCGGCACCGUGGCUUUGAGAGAGAUCCGUCGCUAUCAGAAGUCUACUGAACUGCUCAUCCGCAAGCUGCCCUUCCAGCGCCUGGUGAGAGAAAUUGCUCAAGACUUCAAGACUGACUUGCGUUUCCAGAGCUCCGCUGUGAUGGCUUUGCAGGAGGCGAGCGAGGCAUACUUGGUCGGCCUGUUCGAGGACACCAACCUGGCAGUGGUAGUCCACACCAUGUCUGGAAGAGGAAAGGGUGGCAAGGGACUCGGCAAAGGAGGCGCUAAGCGCCACCGUAAGGUUCUGCGCGAUAACAUCCAGGGUAUCACUAAGCCGGCUAUCCGCCGUCUGGCUCGCCGUGGUGGUGUUAAACGUAUAUCCGGUCUGAUCUACGAGGAGACUCGUGGUGUACUGAAGGUGUUCUUGGAGAACGUCAUCCGCGAUGCAGUCACAUACACCGAGCAUGCGAAAAGAAAGACCGUCACCGCUAUGGAUGUGGUGUAUGCCCUGAAACGCCAGGGACGCACUCUUUACGGCUUCGGCGGCUAAAUGCUUACCUACCAAAUAACGUGAACACAACGGCUCUUUUAAGAGCCACC